AUGCAAGACGAAGCAAUUGCGCUCAGCUUUUGGAAAAAUGACACGGUGCUGUACGUUGCUACAAAAGCCAACGUUGCCUUCAUUCUUGAUGCAGGGACUGGUGAAGAGCUCGAUGUGUUCAAAUUCUGUGAUUGGGAAGAAGAGGAAAUUCGCGAGCAUAGGUACCGACGGCCGCCCAUCUAUGCAGACUUUGCCCCUGCCCUGGGCCUACUUGGUCUUUCCUAUCCACACAGGCCUGUGAGCUUUUGGGGUCUUGACGGAUAUGAAUACGAAGGCCAAUUUCAUCGAUCUGGUGCCUUAUACCCGGAGCCACUGAUUGUCGCAUUCGCCUUCAACCCAAACCCUGACAUUCAACUGGCUGCAGUUAGCUUUCAGGACGGUGUGACGUUUGUCUUCGACCCCAUCAGUCUGACCAUACAAGCCACGGCAGAUACAAAUGCUUCUGUCCUCAGCAUCUCUCCAGAUGGCACAAUCCUGGCGGUCGGAACUGGAAAUGGUAUCAUCAAACUGUAUGAUUUUAGAACUAUGACACUACUCAAGCAAGUCUUUCUGCAGCGGGAGAGUAUUCGGGCCUUGGCCUUCAACAGCACCGGUACGCGAGUUUUCGAUAUCCGGGGCGAUUAUUGUAACAUAUGGCAGCCAUCGGUUCUGUUCAGAUGA